CCAUAGCGCGCUUAUCGAUGAACACAGGAUGCCAAACAACCGUAGGUUGAACGAACGAAAAAAACCUAGACUUGAACAUAAAAGUAGUGCGGUUUUUUGCCGAAAGUCUCACUUUGUUUACAAAAUGCCUCGAAAUUUCGCUCCCCACGAGCGCGGCACAGUGAAACAAACUUCUUCAAGGCAGCAUCGUUAAUCGCUACGCUCGAGAGAGCAUUUUUGUGUGCGUACGAGGAAACACAAGUGUGCACAUCAUACCACCGAGAAGGGACAACCCCGAAACGGUGGCCAAUGGAAAACGGAUUGGCUUGUGGUCGGCCCCGGAGAGAAAUCAGAUAAUGGCCCCACCAAUACGCACAGCACGAUAUCAAGCGGUAUGCGAAUAACACCAACACACCGAGUAGCGCGUUGUGUGCCCGGCGAAGGUCACGCUAUGACAUCAUGCUCCCACCCCAAGCAUACUAGCACAGACCGCUUCACAGUGCGAUCGGUUUUCCGAGCCGGUUUAGUUUAGUGGCUAGCAGCGGCAUAUACGGCAGCAGCUGCUGUGUAGUAGUGGCGCGUUUGUGAGAAAGCGUGCGUGUCGUGCAUUGAACGACGGAAGGUACUUUCCCUUCCAUAACAUCACGGUGGCCUCAGCAUGAAAGUGCACUGUGAUAUACGCUUUACCAACAGUACCCACGGAUCGUACCUGAGCGGGCAACUGCUGACGGGCGAGGUCCAGAUCAAGCUGACCGAGCCGAAACGGUUUAAUGAAAUCACCCUCCGGAUCAUCGGAUACACCAGUGUAGAAUGGUCCGAAAAACGAGGCCAGGGCAAACGACGGCGCACGGUUUUCUAUAGCGCCAGGCGUGACCAUCUCUCAUCGCAGAAGGUACUGUUCCGACCGCAACAGAAUGGAAAUCCCGCUGAUCUUCCGGCCGGUGAACACAUAUACCAGUUCGCCUGCGAGCUACCGUCCAGUUUGCCAACCUCGUUCGAAGGCACGUACGGACACUGCCGAUACACGGCCCAGGUGGUGCUGGAUCGACCCUGGAAGUUUAACCUUACGCACAAAGUCGGUUUCACCGUGGUUCAGCCGCGCGAUCUAAAUCUCCAGUCACCGUCCAUCCGCAUCCCCAGCCGGAUGGAGGAUGCGCGCGUAUUUUGCUGCGGCAUUUGGCGUACGCAGCCUUUGUUCGUGCGAUUAACCGUACCCUGCACCGGUUACGUACCCGGACAGGCGAUACCGCUCACGAUCGAUCUAGACAAUCGAUCUACCCGCCUGAUCGAGGGCGUUAAUAUGAAGCUACAGCAGGAAGUAAUAUACCGUGCGGAGUCACCGUCACCGAAAUUCCGCCGACAGGUGCACACGGUCGUCAAACACAUUGGCGAUGGGGUGGAGGGUGAAUCUACGCGUCAGUACGUGCAGCGGCUUGUAGUGCCAACCGUGGUUCCGACGUGCGGCGAUCAGAAUCUCAUAUCCGUGGCCUAUCGGCUGCACUUGACGGUGCGGGUCGAGGGUUGUGGAUCGGACCCGGUGCUCGAGAUACCGCUGAUCAUCGGCACGACACCGCUGAUCCCGGAACAACCGGCAACGGUUGCCAUUCCGCCCCCGACUGUGGCGGCUGAUGGGGCCAGCGCAGAGGCAGGAGGAUUCAACUUCGGCAACGUGCCGGAACAGCUGCCAUCUGCCAGCGGUGUAAUGCGCCAAAGCACACUGCCGCCGGAGUAUCUGCCUCCGCCAACGUACGAGGAAGCGAUGAAUGCAGCGGCCGUGGUGAUAACCGACGACACGGAUACACAUGCGAUCGGCAGCACAAAACCGUACGUCCCGCUGUACCCAUCGUACAACUUUAACGACAUCCAGUGGCCACCGCUGCCACCGGAUGCAAGGUUGCCACAGCUGCCACUGCCACCGAAACAGUGACAUGACUUCCGGCUGCCAAGUACGACCACUACGCUCCAGAAGUGAAAUACUAGCUUCAACUAUUCCAUCGACUACACAUUACAGGACCAGUUCUACUACUCUCCAGGUUUUCAGGAUGAGCUGGUCAAGUUUGAACCAUUUCUCUGAACUCUGGUCAGGAUGAGAGGCGAAACUGUUUGAAAAUUGAAAUACUUCCCUCCAUCAAUGUCUUCGAAGCUUCUACUUCAACUUGAAAAGAGACGAGACAUCUUGUAUGUAGCCUAGAAAUGGUUCGAUCAUAGCCAGUUCCUCCGGGCAAACCGCUACCACUGACCAGCCAACGUUGAGCUCUCUGCCUUAAGGUACCGGCAUUUACCACAUUUGAUGAUAGUAUGUAUUUCGAAGCUCUUUUUUUUACAAUGUUUCCAAUGUUUAUAAGUUAGAAAGGAGGAUGGGAAUGAAAAGUGUACUUAAUAUGUUA